GAGCCUCGCCGACGUCUCGAGCCUCGCCGACGUCUCGAGCCUCGAACGUCAGGCAUCUAUGCAGCCCUUCUCCCGAUUGUGGCUUAGCCAGGGUAUCACCAUGCACCUCUGUGCGGUUAGGGCUUGGAACUUGACGGCAGUGCUCAGGCAGCGCUCAGGCAGCAGCGCGGACGAGGCCGAUAACUGUUGCGAACAACUUUGAUUUCGUCCCAGCAAUACCCCGAUUGGGCAACCGGCUGAUAGCUCGCAAACAGUUGUUAACUCGACCGCAAUGGCAUCCGUCGAGCUCGUCCUCGCCGCAGUUGCAGCAGCCGAUCUCUGCCUCCAAUACGGAAAGAAGCUUGUUGGCACGUACCAGGACUUCAAAAAUGCCGACGAAUAUGUACGGACCAGGAUCGUCAUCGUGGAGGCCAUCUGGAGCAAGACCACCGUCCAGGUCGGCUUCGUCAAGCGCGUGGCCAAGACCCUCGAGGAGGAACACUGCCGGAUUCAUCUCAACGUCUUCGAAAUACUCAAGAGCAAGCUGGUGAUGGCGACGAGUAAAAUCGAGUCGGUCAUGAAAAAGACAUCCGAGUCGGGCAUCAAGAGAUGGAAGCUCGUGUUCCUCCGCGACUCUAUCGACGACACAAUCACUCAGCUCGAGCAAUGGCAGCGCAUCUUUGAUCCGACAUGGUACUUGAUUCUCAGAAUCGGCGACAAGCUUAUAGAUGCCGAGCUGCUGUCAGCUGACGAACCGGAGACGGGGCGACCGUCCACCGCGGCAUCUUCAGCCACAACUCUCGUCUCAGCGCAAAAGUUCCGCGACACCAUCAAGGACGACAAAUGGGGUGGCGGGAGCGCUCACCACGUCAGCCUCCCAGACGCGCUGGACUGGGAUGCCGCAGCGGAAAUCAAAUACUCGAGCACCCAGUUGGUCCAGCGGGCAGCUGACCGGUCCGAGAGGCUGUACGUGGUGGACACGAUCGUCUGUCACUCGAGCCUCGACGUCUACGCCGCCCGCACCGACGCGGAAUCGUUGGCGAAAAAGCUGAGCCAGGUCGAGCCUGGCACCUUUGGACUUCUCGUUUGCCACGGCUUCAUCAAGAGGAAGAACCCCCAGACGCGGCACCUCGUGUCGAUGAGUCUGGCCUUCCGACCCCCUACAGAAUCCAAGCAGCACCGGCAGCCCGCCAGCUUGCGGCAGCACCUGAUGCAGGGCUCUUCCGGCUCAGGCUGCCCCUUUAGUCUGACUCGGGUCUUGAGCAUCGCGCGGCAGCUGGCCCAGGCCGUGAGUUACAUCCACACAUGCGAUUUCGUGCACAAGAAUAUCCGCCCCGAGACGGUUCUGGUGUUUCCGGACGCAGACGAAGAACACCGUGACGGCGUCGAAAAGCCCUCAACCUUGGGAUCAGCCUAUCUUCUCGGCUUCGACUCCUUCCGCAGCGUGAACUUUGGCACCCUGCGGAGUGGCGACGAGGCGUGGGAGCGCAACCUAUACCGACACCCAUCGCGCCAAGGGUUCCAGGCGCAACGUGAUUACAUCAUGCAGCACGACGUCUACAGUCUCGGUGUUUGCCUCCUGGAGCUUGGUCUGUGGGAAAGCUUUGUGCAGUACUAUCGCCACGACGGGGGCGCCGAAGCUGUCGAACUCGCCGAGGACGAAGAUGUCAGGCCCUCUGAGGGGUUAGGCUUGAAGCUGAAGGAUCUCGAGUUUGCAACUGAGGUGCCCACCUCCCCCUUACCAUCUCCUUCCAGUGGCAAGAUUAAAGAGCAUCUCGUUGGCCUGGCACGCUCAAAGCUACCCCUGCGCAUGGGGGACAAGUUCACGGCGGUCGUGGUGACCUGCUUGACUUGUCUUGACGAGGGCAACGAGGAUUUUGGGGACCAAUCUGAGAUGUGCGACGACGACGGCAUCUUGAUUGGCGUCAGGUUUAUCGAAAAGGUUCUGUUUAAACUCAGCGAGAUCUCCUUUUGAGCCGGGAGGGUUGGACACUCUAGUUGGACGUUUAUUUGGAUAUACGUACGCAUUAUCACAUCACCAUGAGC